AUGAAACCAUACGCAGGACACCAAGACCGAGAAUCAAGACAACGAAUUUUUAACUAUCGUCUAAGCAGGGCCAGAAGAGUAGUCGAAAACGUGUUAGGGAUAUUAGCAUCUGUUUUUCGAGUACUUCGAAAAUCUAUGCUACUAGAACCCUCAAAAGCAGAAAAGGUGGUCCUAGCAUGCGUUUUCCUGCAUAAUUAUUUACGCCGUAAUGCUCAGGCAAAGGAUAUGUAUACUCCGCCUGGUUCAUUUGAUGUGGAGGAUUUCUAUACCGGAACAAUCAUUCCAGGACAGUGGAGGACCGAUAGGGAAUCAAUCCAGUCAUUAUUGCCCCUUAAAAAUGUAGCAAGAAAAUCACCGCAUGAUGCCAAAGAAGUGAGGGACGAGUUUAGCGAAUAUUUCAUAUCAGAAAUAGGCCAAGUUUCCUGGGAAUUAAAAUAUGCUUAG